AUGGCGGCCAUCAUAACAGCGUUUAUUUACGACCGCGAGAAUGGCGCGGUCAUAGGUGGAGGCUGCUGUGUUAUCCCCCAUUGUCGGCGAGCACCCUCCGCCCACUUGAAGGUGCAAGAACGUGUAACAAUGUCCGGUGCUGUAGGCCCUGAUGGUCGAUUCUCUGCGUUCUCCACACCUCGUCAACGGCGCACUCCCUUUGGGCGAUUGGCAGCUGGAGACGGAAGUGGAGAUGACGACGCGGAUAAUCAGGAAAUGUUGCAGAUAGUGUCGAUAUGGACAAACAGGUUGUCCCUUAUCAGCGUUGUGACUACCUUCUUUGCUGGGAUGGAUGGCACCUUCCUCGGUUUUACUGCCCCUUUCAAUGAUGAUACCACGAACACGAGUCAGCUGGUGCACGCCAGUCUCGCAGGCGCUUUGGUCUUUCAUCUUUUUGCAGCCAUCAUCUCGUAUAUCGCGUCGUUUGCCCUCAUACGCUACCAGCUCGUAGACGCCGAAGGCGAGGAAGUCACUGAGAACACCGACCCGCAGCAGGACACGGAGAACAUCGCAGCCUCUCGUAAGGCGACGCACCUGAACACUUUCACCAAGCGCGAAGCCGCCAACCUACCGCAGUCGGAGUCCAACGCCUACUCCGGGGUCAGCGCCGCCAGCACGAGCUCCAGGAUCCGCGUCGAGCAGGUGCGCAUAUUCAGCUUCGCAAAGUCCAAGUCCAAGUCGCCGGCGAGUUCGAAGAAGCAAGAGCCGAGGCCGCCGAUCGCGCUGCUGCUGUGCGUGCACACGAUGUGCAUCACGCUCUCAAGCUUAGGAUUCGCGCUCGCCGUACUGGGGGUGAUGUCGUACGUGUGGACGUCGCUCGCUCGGAGCGUGAGCAUAUUCACGACCGUUUGUCUCGGCAUCUCGUUUGCAUUUUUGUCGAUUACUGUCCUUCGGUAA